UUUUGACUCUCGUUCAACCAGAAGCCGACCGUGUGAAAUCCUCCGGUCUUCACCGGCUGCCAGAGAAGCAGGAAGAUCAUCUGAUGGAAAUAUGAUAUUCCUGCCCGAUGGAUCGCUCGUCGUGUCGUCUGGAUCCACGGAGCGCUCUUCCUCUCGGCGCCAUGCCCGCCUUUAAAUCUGACCCGGGCUUCAGCGGAGACAUCAUGUCUUUACAUUUGGAUUCAUUCAGCAGUUUGUAAAUAUCACCCACCGGUGAUAUCCACUGGAUCUGAACCUCUUUUUUUUUUUUUUUUUUUACAUUUUUUCUCUCUCCCUCAAACGUGUUUCUGGUGAAACAUUAAGCAUGUGUCUAACCUGGUUGGACGUGCUCGGAUGCGUAUGAACAUUAGUGCGAUUUCUUGUCAAGGAAGCCCCCAAAUCAGGAAGUCAGUCCAGGGCUGGGAAACCUCCCCAAAGCCACCGGUUCCUAGAGAAGCAUGGCCUCCGUGUGGAAGAGACUGCAGCGCGUGGGCAAGCACGCCUCCAAAUUCCAGUUUGUGGCUUCAUAUCAGGAGCUGAUGGUUGAAUGCACAAAGAAAUGGCAACCAGAUAAAUUGGUGGUGGUUUGGACACGCAGAAGUCGUCGGAAAUCCUCUAAGUCCCAUAGCUGGCAGCCUGGCAUCAAGAACCCGUACAGAGGAGUUGUAGUGUGGCCGGUACCAGAGAACAUUGAGAUUACGGUCACUCUCUUCAAGGAUCCCCAUGCAGAAGAGUUUGAGGACAAGGAGUGGACGUUCGUCAUUGAAAAUGUGAGGAUUAAGUAUUU